AUGAAUGCGAUCGAGCAGUCUCCCGAGCAGCCUCCCGCGCUGGGGCACUUGACCAGAGUUCCGAUAGCUCAGCUUUCUCCCGACAUUGAGCAACUGGCCGAAAAGUCUUUUCUUGCAACUGUGGCACUUGUGUGGCCAUACUCCUCUUCCACCAAGUCUGUGAGCCUUCUGUUAGCGGAGCCGGAUUUCCGCCUAAGGGGCGCCAAAGGACAAAUCAAGGCCACGUUUCAUGGGCGGGUCGCAGAGAAGGUCGCAGAAUCGCAUGUCGGAAUUGGGGAUACUGUUUGUCUGGCCUUGAAAGAUAUCAAGUUUGUCAGCAAUGACGGCGUCCAGCAAACCCCAGGAAGGUCAGUCGCAUGGGAUGCGCACUGGGAGAAUGGCGUGUUUCUCGAGAUCUACCGAUCUUCCCAAUCCCCGUUGAUAAUAUCAGUUGAGCCGCAAGUGACAGCACCGCAUGAAACCGAAUCCGCACCGCCUACAACCCCUAGUGGGAAAUCGAUCAAUCCCGAACUUGACCUGCCUUCUAGUGCACGCCUCUGGGGAUCACCGGUAUUCCUUGAGUCUGCCCGGACCUCAUUCGGAGGAACAAUCCGUUCCACCUUCCAUGAUUUUGCGGAGGAAGAUGGAUUUGUUCCCGGGAAAGGAAGGAAAAAGCCGAGAUAUAGCCUGCACAGGGAAGAUUGGCGUGUUAUCGAUGAACCAGAAAGCCCACAUGAGCAAGAAGCCCCUGUGGAUUGGGAACAGGCUUUGAUACAUUCUAUCGACCAAGAGCUCGAUGAGGCAGAUUUGGCGAGUGAGCCUUCAGACGAACCGAUGACGGAUGCUGCCCAAGCUCCAACAUUCACAGAGGAUGCACCAGAAGAUCCGCUUCCAGUGUUCGCGAAGCCCUCCCUUGAAUUGACCGGGAGUAUCCUUGAAAGACAUGCCGACGAGUCGAAUGCUUUAUCUCAUGAACAAGCUGAUAAAGAUGGAACACCUUUUCAUCUACCAACGGAUACACCGCAGAUUAGACCCAUCCCUUCUCCGGGGCUCCCGAUCCCUUCGCCCCUUGUAUCUCAUCAUGUUGGCUCGUCUCGCGAUCUCCUGCCAUGGACUGCGCCCACGCAGCCCCAGGAGAGUGGAUCUGUUCCUGUGGACAUGGGCACCAUGGCAACCCCCGCAGCAUCAUCUAUCGAGACCCAUCACACCGAUCCCAUCAGCCCCAUCCAUACGGAGACAGUAGAACCAGUUGAUCCAAAUGUUGAACCCAUCCAUCAAGAACAUGUCUUAGAUGCCGGUUUUGGCUUCCGCGAUGAUUCGGCGUCAAAUCCAAACCGAGAGGGUCUACCAGAAAGACAAGGAGUUGAGAUAAUCGACGCGGAACUUAUUGAGGAAUCAGAUGUCGUUGAUGCUAAUGUGGUCAUCAACACUACCGGCGACGAGGCUCAAACGUCAAAUGAAACAGAGCAGAGGCAUACCGUGGAUGAUCUUAACCGCGAUCAUGCAUCACCACUUUCAGGCUCGGCAGGUGAAUCGGAUGACUCCCCUGGCGUCAACGACGAAUCUGCUGCCAUUCAAGCUGAUACGGGCACUGAAAAUGCCGCCGACGAAGCCCAGGCAUCAGAUGAAACAGAUGACGAACGUCUCAUUGAUGUCAGUUACCUAUGGCGCGAUGAUUCAGUAUCAUCUUCGCGCUCGGAGGAGGGCUUGGAAGAUGAAUCACUUGAAUCCUCACAAGGGAUCGAUGGCUCAGAUAUUGCCCAAGCUGAUCUUGGCAUUGAAACUGUCAGCGAUAAUGUUGGACUUCACAAGGAACAUUCUGAGCCUGAGCCUCAGUCAGUCAACUAUCCACAACUAGCCACCACUCUUGAUCAGGAUGCGAUUGAUGCCCUCGAAAGAAUGAUAACCGAUCGAGAUGAGGAAAUUGAAAGGAAGAGAGACAUGGAAGAGGAAAAAGUAAUGGAAGACAACAUCGAUCGUUCACCCAGUCAAGAAUACAGUGAAGAAAAGCAUGAAAUGGCCAAGGAUGAAGAAGUGUACUAUGCGGAGUCAGUGGAAAAUUACAAUUCACAAGAUGAAUAUGAAGACGAGGAUUUCCCUUGUGAUCCUCGAUUGGAAACACGAUUGGACCAAGAUGAGUUCAGUGAUGAAAAGUCUGAGCAGGAACAGAACCUGCCUUCGCAGACGAGAACCCAAGAAGUAAUCGUGCUUGACAGUGACAGUGAUGAUGAGCCUACCUCCAAUUAUCCGGCAGCCUCAGCUUCGCAGUCAGCAGAACGAGAGGACCACUCACACCGCUUUGAGUCUGGAUAUCCAGAUGUCCCUCCAGCCACAGCCGAGUUUGCAACGGGUGUACAGUAUCCAGAGCCGUGGUAUGUCGGUAGAGAGGGUGGCUAUCACGGAGCUGAGGAAGAAGAUUCAGACAUGGUUGAGCGCGAAGAGAGCGAGGAAAGUGACGAAAUCGAAGACAGUGAAGAGCGUGAAUACAAUCAACAGGAUGAUCGAGUUCACGAGAGUGACAUGGAGGAUGACGAGCCGACCUCAGAUCACUAUGAAACGGUCCAUCCAUCUGAAGUGGCAUCACCCAACCCUGAACAGGAUGAAGACAGACAAAUGGAUGACGCGGAACUCAUCGAAGAAGCUGACAUCGACGAGGAUCAUUCUGCGGCCACACUUGGCGCAGAGAAAAGUGAAGAGCGCGAAUACGAUGAACAAGAAGGCCGAGUUCACGAGAGCGACAUGGACGACGAAGAGUUGUCCCAAGACCACUACAAAACACCUCAUCUAUCUGAAGUGGUAUCGCCCAACCCUGCGCAAAACGAAGAUAAAGAAACAGAAGAGGCGGAGCUCAUCGAAGAAGCCGACCACGAUGAAUAUUACACUGCGGCCAACCUUGACGCAGAGCGACGUGAAGAGCACGAGCACAAUGAAGAAGAUGAUCGAGUUGACGAGAGUGACAUGGAUGAUGACGAAUCGACCCGAGACCACUAUGCAACAGACCACCCAUCUGAAGUCGUAUCACCCAACCCUGAGCAGGACGAAGAUGAUGAAAUGGAAGAUGCGGGGCUGAUCGAAGAAGCCGACGACGAGGAAUAUCAUGACGCGGCCACAGUUGGCGUAGAUAUGGAAGUGCCAGUUGAUCAGAACUCUGAUGAGGGGCAACCAGGCAAUAUUGAUCCAAAUUUGCUUGAUAUGCCUGAAUCUCAUCAUCAAGGCGUGUCCUCAGUCGAAACUCAUGCUGGGCAGUAUCUCCCUGUGGACGGACAAUCUGAUUUGCAUAUACCUCCAUCUACUCGAAAUGCCAUGGCCGAUCUUUUAUUGAAACAUGAACAUGAACCGCCUGUCGAAGGACACGAAGGGUCCAAAGGACACGAAGGGUCCAAAGGACCCGAAGGACCCGAGGCCCUUGGCGGUCGAGUCUCGCCAUCCAUUAGACGUUCAUUUGAGCGACAACUCUUGACCUUGGACCCCACCCAGGAAAAUGCAUUCACACGUGAGCUGGUUAAUGAUAUUGAAGUUGAAACUUCAUUCACGAUCGAAGAAAAUGACGCCCCUGCUGGUCUGGAUAGAGUGUCGCAGCCUACUGGCUCCCCGGAGUCCGACCAAGAUGAUGGUCUCGAAGCAGAACCCAUAGAGGAUAUCCAACGAGAGAUGCACGUUGAUGGACAGGAUGAUUCCAUGCCUCCUUCAGAACUCGCCGAAGCAGCGGAGCCCCCCAGCAACGCCCGAACCUGGCCGAUCUCUAGAAGUUCACCGGCAGUUUCCGCUGCACAGCCCCCAGUACCUGAUCGUAAUGCCUCUGGACUGCGUAGCAAGCUUUCUUACUUCGCCCCGCUCGCUACACUCAUUGAUCACUACAAUGCAUUGGUCGAUACCAUCUCAAUUGUGCACGAGGCCUCACCAAUAACCCGAGCCAAAUCCGGUUCGAAAGACUGGUUCGUGACUAUUCAACUGUCCGACCCCUCCAUGGCUGGCACGACUCUUCGUGCUCAGAUUUUCCGGCGCCACAAGGCCUCAAUGCCAUCAUUGGCAGAAGGCAACGCCAUACUCUUACGCGACUUCAAGGUCCGGAGCUUCGAUCACACUGUGAUGCUUGUCAGCGUAGACUCCAGCGCAUGGGCGGUAUUUGACGGUUCGGGUCCCGAUGCCGAGACAAACGGACCCCCUGUCGAAUAUGACGCGCAGGAACGUGCCUACGCCUCUGGCUUACGUCGAUGGUACUAUGAAGUUGGCUCGGAUAGGGUCGCAGACCAUAUGCUCCAGGCGGCCAUUGAGAGAGACAGCCAGGAGCGCGAUAUGACACCAAGCAGUCAAGUGCCAAGCGAGUCAGGGAGUCCGGAUUCCAGGCGUGGCCAUCGCAAGCGCAAAAGCAAUCGAAGAGUCACUAUUCAUGAACUGCGGGAUGGCACUCGUUACACUGAGGUCGGUUCUCCAAACAGUGGAAACAGCAGUGUUCAUGAAUUACGGGAUGGCACGCUGUAUGCGAAUAUUUGA